AUGCUAGCUAGAAUCGGCAUUAAUGGAUUUGGGCGGAUAGGCAGAGUGAUAUUUAGAACUUGUAUGGAAAGUAAAGAUUUAGAGGUUACAGCGAUAAACGAUCCCGCAAUCGAUAUUGAGUACAUUUGCUAUCUGAUUAAGUUUGAUUCUACUCACGGAAAAUUCAAAAGUGCUGUAACAUUUUCCGAUGGUGAAAUCUCUAUAAAUGAUAAGAAAAUCAAGGUGUUCUGCGAGAAACUGCCUUCCAAUAUACCCUGGCAGAGCGCCGAUGUGCAGUAUGUGGUCGAAGCUUCUGGAAUGUUCACUAACCUCGAAAAGGCUUCGGGUCACCUGGCAAGCGGCAACGUUAAAAGGGUUAUAGUUACAGCACCAACCGUCGACGUUCCUAUGCUUCUAUUGGGAGUUAACAUGGAGCAAAUUCACGCAGAACAUAAAGUGAUAUCCUGCGCGUCAAGCACGCUGUACUGCUUGGCGCCAAUAGUCAAAAUACUGGAGGACAACUACGGCGUCUCGGAGGGCUUCAUUACGAGCAUACACGCGAUGACGCCAUCUUUAAAACCUUUGGACGGCUUGUGUUUAAAGGGAAAGCACUGGCGUGAUCACAGAAGCAUACACCAGAACAUAAUCCCUGCAGCCACAGGUGCCUGUAAGGCCCUAGGUAAGAUAAUACCAUCGGUGAAGGACAAACUGACAGGACUUGCUUUCAGAGUGCCCAUAGUCAAUGUUUCAGUACUGGAUAUCACUGUGCGGUUGAAUAAAAAUACAACGAUGCAAGAUAUAAUCAAGUGUGUAGAAAUGGAAAGUAAAUUAACAAUGAGGAGUAUCAUUAAAAUAUCGAAAGACCAAGAGGUGUCUUCGGACUUCUUGGGCGAUGAAAACUCUUGCAUCUUAGACGUAAAUUCAAGUUUACAAUUGAAUCAAAAAUUCUUUAAACUGAUUUGUUGGUACGAGAAUGAAUACUCGUACGCGUGUCGGGUAGUAGGAUCAAUAAAAUAUUCCGAAGAAAAUCGAUACAAAAUUCCUUUUGAUCGCAUAAUUUCAUCAAAACCUAUACCAGAUUUCAAAACAGAACAUGUAAUUUCUGAUUGCCACGCAGUUAAAAGACAGAAAAUAUUAUUUAGUGCAUCUAAAAAAACUGGUAUUCUAGCUAAAUCUUUAGAACAACAAAUAAAUAUUAAAAGGCCUUUGCCACAUAUAAGCUUGGGCUCAAAUCAGGCGCCCUUAGGCGAAAUUAAACAAUGCAACGAAAUUUUUAAAGUGUGGAACGAUGAAGAACCAGUCUCGAGGCAUUUGCUAAAAGAAAAUAAAAAGUCGUUAUUCCAAAGUUGUAUGACGUUGGGUGGCACCAAUGCAUCGCAAUCACAAAAGAACAAUUUCGCUAAGACUAAAGAACGUUUAGACCAAGUGAAGAAAGAGUUUUCCAAAAUGGUGGAUAUGACUGAAAACUUAUUAAAGAAAAGUAGUCAAGAAAUAAUUAGGUGCAAUGAUAACUUCGAACCGAACUAUUUUUCUCAUAAAACUGAUUUAGGGAGUAUUAAUCCUUGUAAGAAAUUAAUUAAACAUGAUAUUCAGCAUGACGAAGAAAGACAAUUAAAUAAUUAUUCAGAAAAUGAUCGAGUGAGAAUUAAUACUAAAGAAGAUUUUGAAAAACCAGCUAUGAGUGACCUGAGCGAUAGAGAAUUAAAAGUAACUUAUAUUAAUCCAGAAUCCUCUCAACUGGAAACCAAUAAAUCUACAAACAAGAACGAAAUACGGAAGAAAAUUAUAGAAGGAAUAUUAAAGAUACUGACAGCAGAUUCCAUGGAAGACAAAAUGCCUCCAAGUCUCGUGAACACUGACACAACAAUAAGCACCAGGGAGGCUAAUAAAAGUUUAGACAUUUAUGAUAAAAUAGACAGCGUAAGUGCAACAGAUUCAGAAAACUCGUUCCAAAUCAAUGAAAAGACCUCUCAAGUUAUCGAUAUAAAAGAUUUGACUAGCUCCACCGAAGAUUUAGAUCGUUUGGACAAGAUCUGCAGAAUCAUCGAGAUAUCCGACGAAAUGUCUGAUAAAUUAUUCUCAGUAUUGGACCACAACGAUAUAAAUACAAAACAGAAACCGUGGUCUUUUAAAGAUUUGUGUGAAAGGUUAAAACUCGAUGAAUUUUGUAAUAGUGUGUUUGGACCAACGUAA